UGGCUGGGCUUCUGUCGAGCAAAUCACACCCGCGCAUGCCAAAGCUCUGUGGAUGUGCUUGAACAUCUACCUAUGCUGAAAGUCAUCGACUGCGCCGAUCUCAGUAUUAUUCCUCUACCUGCUCAUCAAGCCUAUGCGGCUUUGAGUUAUGUCUGGGGGCCAGUCCAGCCUCCACAUGUGGGGCGACGGAAUUCAGCGGACAAAACUCAAAGGAUCCCUCUCCCAGAGCCGUUACCACCGCUCAUUGUGGAUGCUAUUCAAGCCACCAAAUCUCUUGGAUUGAACUAUCUUUGGAUCGACCAAUAUUGUAUUGAUCAGAGCGACGCAGCUGAUAAGAUGAUUCAGAUCCAGAAUAUGGAUUUGAUAUACGAUGCUGCAGACUUCGCAAUCAUCACAGCAUCUGGAUCAGACCCAUCUCACGGGCUCCCAGGCGUCGGGCACACACCACGGAUCUCCCAGACAUGUGUCGAGAUCAACAAUGCCCAGUUCGUCUCAACGCUACCAGCACCCCAUGUACCAAUUCAGGGUUCGAAAUGGUUUACUAGGGGUUGGACAUUCCAGGAGGGCAUUCUUUCGCGGCGUCGUCUGGUCUUCACGCCUCAACAGGUGUACUUUGAAUGCAACGGCAUGCAAGCAUGCGAA